CAGAAGGAAGACAAACUCUCAGAGAGACCUAAUAUCCAGGUUCAAGUGAUAAAGGGCCCUCAUUUAGAACAAUGGAAGGUGACUGUGAAGUGACUGUUGUUGCUGCUGUGGACUCCGAAUCAAAGAAUUCAGCAAGAUGCGGUGCUAAACAUGGCUCAAACCUCAUUGUGGUCCUUUUGGGUAUCACACUCUGCCUUGCUAUUGCUGCUGCUGUGCUCCUCGUCUUCAAUGUACACACUAAGAUGCCAGGACAAGAUGAGGACACUUUUGAUAUACAUCACACUUUACGACAACUCUCUAAUGUCAGGGCUGCCAUUCAUUUAACAGGACAAUACAACUCUCAAAUGGCCAACUCAGUGAAAUGGACCAACAAGGUGGACCCCUCUCAUUCUGAAGGGGGUCUGGAGCUCAAGAACAACGAGAUUGUAAUCCCUCAAGAUGGCCUCUACUUUGUUUACAGUCAAGUAUCUUUCCGGGUCAGUUGUCACAUGGAUGAGAACGACGACACAUCCGCAAUGUCGAUGGUCCACCUGACCCAUAGAGUGAGACGCUGGUCCAGCUCGUUCGGGAACGAUGAAUACUGCACCAUCCUGCACUCUGUCCGGACGGCCUGCCAAAAAACAGCUGGCGGUGAUGCUGAUGAAGAGGGUGGCUGGUACUCCGCUGUGUACAUGGGAGCUGUCUUUAACUUGAAUAAAGGAGACAGGUUGAAGACUGUAACGGAGAAAAUGCUUCCAAACCUGGAAGAAGAGGCCGGGAAGACGUUCUUUGGCGUGUUUGCCUUGUGAAAACAUGACAGGGAGAGCUAAAUAUGAAAGAAUUGAUGGUGAACUUUGACAACUGCUUGCACAUCUACAUAAGGUUGGCACUAGAUAAGAAAUCAAUGUAAUUCAAUCAAGCUAUGGUAAGAAGAGGAAGCUAAGCAACUUCACCAUCAGGUGAUUUAGUAAAAGAACUGGAAAGUAGUAUCUCUGAAAUAUAAGGGAUUUAAUUGUAUCAUGUACUGUGUACUAUCAAGUGUCAGUACCUUUUGCUGUACUACAACUUAAUUUUUCAAAUCUAUGCAAUUUAUAAUUGUUCAUGCAAAGCUAACACACUGCAUAUACCCUGAAAUCAUGAAUGAAAGUGUACUGUACCGUACUGUAUUUAUUGAAUCUAUUUAUAUAUUUAUCUAUUUAUUUAUUACGAGGUUAUAUAUGGUUUAACAAUGUAAA